AUGGCGGGCUCCCCGCAGCACCGCGGCCAGGCUUUCCACAAGCGGCCAAAACGCCGCAAAACACCCGGGCCUUUCCAGGAAAACUUUGUUCAGCCGUCUGCGGUCAUGAGCGGGCGAGCCUCGGCGCUUCAGUGCCGCGCUCCCAGCGGCCUGCUUUCACAGGAUCGCUUGAGGGAGAUAGAUGGUCCAGUCCGACCGCCCUGCACAAAGCAGGGUCGACCAGAGCAAGCUGCUGCAGGGUUUUUUGGCCUCUUCCCAAGCGUACAGGAAGAUGGAAAUCUCCCUGGCCUCCAUGAAUUCCAUGUUAAUCAGUUUACAGACAGGAGGUCAGCAGCCUGGAAUGUAGAACCACAAAAUUCAGAAUUGCUCGCCUGGUGUCUAGCAGAUUGGCUGUCACAAUGUGCUCUUUUGUUGCCGCUAGGUUGCCUUUACUUGGUAGAUACGCUAGCAGGAGAUCCAGAGGUUCUGCAAGUAGAUGCUGAAACAUACUAUGAAAAACUCCUGAAGAAAUCAUCAUCCACUCCUGAUGUUUUUUCGAUCCCUGGAGGAGAAGAGGUUAAACUUGAAGAUUCCUGUGUGUGUUUUGUCCCUCUCUACCGAAAUAAUCCUACUUGCAAAAUGUUGCUGUUAACUGAUCCAAAGGAUAAAGAGACAGUUUUGGCAGUUUAUUUGAACCAGUGUUGGUGGCCUGUUGAAGAUUUGGUAAAGACUGCUGAUCCUUCUAGAGAUGGGCUAAUUUCGGUCCAGACAUUUGGAGAAAGGAUUGUCCUCUUUGUUCUGAACUACAUUAUUUUUGGAAUGCUGGAAGGGAGUUCAGCUAACGAUGCAUUCUUUCUACCUCACUCUGCCACCGAGUGUGCCAAGAUACUCUGGAGAAAUGGUGAGGCUGUUGCCUUUUACUCAGUCAAGAUGAAAGGGAGCCUAUGUGAUGGUACAACCAGUCAAUGUUACUUGCUGCCGGUUUUGGAUACUAUAUUUGUCCGGAGAAAGUACAGAAGAAGUGGCCUAGGGAUGGAAAUGCUGCAUGAUUUCUGUCAGUCUUUCAUGGCUGAGGAUGCCUUGGGGAUCAGCUGCCCUAUUUCUGCUGCGAUGUAUCAAGUUUGCCAGAAAUUCUUGCAGACUUAUCCCGAGGAGCAGAAUCGACUGUGGGAGGUGGAAGCACCAGGAGAUUGGAGCCAGCGAGCGAAUAUCUGGUUAAAAAUUCAGAUGGAGUCAUCCCCUGCAGGAAAGGCUGAAGCGGGCUUUCAUACCAGUAAACCCAGAUAAUCAGAUGUGGACCAGAUGAGUAAGAGCAUUGAAUACAUUCCUGGUGUUGGGAAAGUGGCAGGAGAUGGCACAGAAAAAAAAGAUGACACAGCAGCAGCCGGGACUCUAAACUCACAGCGUCCUGAACAAGAGGACUUAGAACAAGGUGCAGGCAAUACUCAGCAAUGCAAAGGAUUCAGAAAAACAGCAGGUCCUGGGGGCCUAGUUGGAGGCAAGGCCACUAGACAAUUUAGAAUUAUACCAUAAUUGCACUUUCAAAAAUCAGCAAAAUCUCAGUGUGGUCUUAAAAAUUGUAAUUGACUGUUCAUAAUUUGUAAUGCUGGAGAGAUUUCUUCAGGUAAGAUAUAGUUGUUU